CGGUACUCGACCACCACCUUCCCUUCAUCCUCUCAUGGCGACAUCCUCGGAUCCUUCUGCCGCUCAGACGGCGCACUCGUUCAGCAAAAUCCUCACUCAGUACAAGAGCGCGACAAAGUCACGGUCAGCCUCGGAUAUGGAGGAGGCGACUAAGAAAAUUCGGCGGUUAAUCCUUGUGGACGGGAUCCCUUCAAGCGUAGAUCCAACAUUGCGGCCAAGGAUAUGGAAGGUCCUCCUUCGAGUGCGGGACGUCUCGGCAGACGCGUUUCUGGAGUAUGUCGGACGGGGACCUUGUGAUGUUCGAGAAAAAAUCAGGAAUGAUACCUUCCGAACGUUGGCCACCGAUCGAGGGUUCAAAGAGCGUGUAAGCGAGGACAUGCUAGUCCGCUUACUGGACGCAUUCGUAUGGCGGAAUCACGACCGACAAGAGAGCGACCAGCUCGGGUUCACCUAUGUGCAGGGUAUGAACGUACUUGCUGCUCCCUUCCUGUACACCAUGCCUUCCGAACUCGAAGCGUUCUACUGCUUUGCCAAAUUCAUCGAGGAGUCUUGUCCACUGUACGUCCAGCCGACGCUUGAAGGUGUCCAUUGCGGUCUCAAACUACUGGACCGCUGUCUCAAGAUUGUCGAUCCCGAACUGUACGCGUUCCUGCGGUCCAAAAAUCUUUCCGCAGAGAUCUACGCCUUCCCUUCGGUGCUAACAUUGUGCGCAUGCACGCCACCACUCGACCAAGUCCUUCAAUUAUGGGACUUCUUGCUUGCUUUCGGCGUGCACCUGAACGUACUCUGUGUGAUCGCCCAGCUGCUUCUCAUGCGAGAUGAGGUCAUGAACUCUUCUAGUCCCAUGCGGCUUCUGCGUACCUUCCCUCCUCUGGAAGCGCUGCCUGUCAUAGGCAUCGCCGUCACGUUAGUCAGGGAUCUGCCAAGCGAUCUGUAUGAUGAGCUGGUAAAGCAUCCAUACGCCACUCGGGAGUAGCUUUUGACGGUUCAGUUCGAAUUCUCCCCCAUCUAUACCUUGCUUUCCUUGUGUCUCAUGCUAUCGAUGUUGUAUCACUAGUCUGUAGCUAUGCUCACAUACUGCAAUUCAGUUAUUGCCUGACGCGCACCUUGCC